CCUCGUCCUUUUCCAUACCUACGUACCUUAUCUAAGUCUUCGUAGACACGCUAUUCAUCAUCGAGGCAAACACCAGCCAAGAUGAGCAGUAGCCCGACCGACGACACCAAACCGCGCAGCGAUGGCUUCGAGGUCGCUGCCGAGGCGGGCCAUACCUUCACCCUGGACGAGAAAGCGAAGGUGGCCGACUACAAGGCCGAUGCCGUCGCGGCAGAGAAUGCGGAGCACAACAUGACCGUCUUGGAGGCCGUUCGGGCGUACCCGAUGGCCUCCUUCUGGGCGUUUGUCAUGUCCUUCACCAUCAUUAUGGAGUCGUACGACGUCUUCCUCAUCGGCAACUUUGUCGCCCUCCCUGCGUUUAUACGACAAUACGGCGAGUACAACGCGGAGAAGAACGUGACCGUCAUCGUGCCCCAUUGGCAGUCUGCGCUCCAGGUGUCCGGGCAGCUCGGCGCGCUGAUCGGUGUCUUCGUGGCCGGGCCCGUGACCAGCCGCAUCGGCUACCGCUGGGCGACCAUCACCGGGCUCAUGCUGCUCAACGCCUUCAUCUUCACCUUUUACUUUGCCGAGUCCAUGCCCGUCAUCUUUUUGGCCCAGCUCCUCGAGGGCGUCCCGUGGGGCAUCUUCAUCGCCAACGCGCCCGCCUACUGCAGCGAGAUCGUGCCCAUCAAGCUGCGGGCCCCCGUCACCCAGAUGCUGCAGAUGUUCUGGGCCGUCGGCAGCAUUAUCGUGGGUGCCGUCACCUACGUGUACAACCAAGUCGAGCACGAGCGGGCCUACAAAAUCCCUAUCGCACUCCAAUGGAUGUUCCCCACCCCGCUCGCCAUCCUCAUGUUCAUCGCACCCGAGUCGCCUUGGUGGCUGGUCCGGAAGGGCCGCCUCGAGGAGGCCGCCAAGUCGGUCGAGCGGCUCGGCCGGCGGUCCAGACUGAACUCGGGCGAGACGGUCGCCAUGAUGCGCCGCGUCGUCGAGCUCGAAAAGGCCGAGGGCGAGCCCAGCUUCUGGGAGCUCUUUCGGGGCACCGACACCUACCGCACCCUCAUUGUCUGCGGCGCCUACGCCUCGCAGAACCUGACGGGCAAUCUGAUUGCCAACCAGGCCGUCUAUUUCUUUGAGCAGGCCGGCGUGUCCACAAAUACGGCUUUCGCCCUCGGCCUCAUCACUUCGGCCCUGCAGAUGGUCUUCGUCAUGCUGUCGUGGAUCCUGACCACCUACUUCGGGCGGCGGAGCAUCUACCUAUGGGGUACCUUCGGCAACGUCGUCCUGCUCGUCGCCCUGGGCAUCGCCGGCUCCAUCGGCGACCCCAAGGCGACCUCCGCCUCUCUGGCCCAGGCCUCCCUCGGCCUCAUCAUCUCGGUCCUCUUCACCUUCGGCGCCGCCCCGGCCUCCUGGGUCAUCAUCGGCGAGACCUCGUCCAUCCGCCUCCGGCCCCUCACCACCGGCAUUGGCCGCGCCUCUUACUACGUCGUCGAGAUCCCCUGCAUCUUCCUCGGAAGCUACAUGCUCAACCCGACAGGCGGAAACCUCGGUGGAAAGUGCGGCUACGUCUGGGCUGGGACUGGGCUGUUCUGCUUGAUCGUAGCCUUCUUCUACUUGCCCGAAAUGAAGGGCCGCUCGUACCGUGAGAUCGACAUCUUGUUCAGGCGCAAAGUCCCGGCUCGCAAGUGGAAGAAGACGGUUGUGGAUGCCGAGGAUGACGAGUAGUUAGACAGAGUUCCCUUCUCUUUGUUGCUACUUAUGCAAAGGAGCAGGUAGAUAUAAACCUGGGAUGCGCACGUGCGUUCUGGUUGAGAGUGCUGAUGCGCUUGCCAAUGUACUGCCGUGUUGUUCUUCAUGUCCCGUACGUACCUGGGUUCUGCAUCACUGUCCCCAACGCCGAACAUGUCAAGAGUAGUGGAUUAAAACUGGAAAACGACCUAUUGAGAGGCAGGGCAACUUAUGGUACCAUAAGGCAAGCCCACUAGGUGAAAAGUGGAUGGGAAAAUGUGGUGAACCGGAGCCUGAGAGUAGCGGUUAACAUUGUCAGGUUCUAGAAAUAGAAGUCAAUAAUAUCGGGGAUGUGC